AAUAGACUGUUAAUUUGUUAUAGCUUUGUUCUAUGUUCUAAUUUAAUUAAAAUAUAUAAAUAUACGUGUGCAAUUCAGUAAAAUUUGGCUGUAUAGAGACAGUAUACAUUUGACUGAGUACUAACAGUAACUGAAAGUUUAUUUGACAAGGUUUAUACACCGAUGGGUGAGCCAGGAUUCUUGCAUGCUUUCUCUUUAAUUGACGUUGAUAAUGAUGGAGUUAUUUCAAUUCAAGAUCUUGAGGACUAUUCCAAAAAAGGCACAGUGACAGAUGAUUUUGUAACAAAAUGGCGAAAUAUAUUCGAUAAAGACAAUACUGGUCAAAUAACAUUCCUUCAUUUUUGUGAAGUCCUUGGCGUUAGCAAGAAAAAGAGGAACCAAAUCCUUAGAGAAAGAAAGAUAACAACAUGGAAUCUAACACCGAAACCUAUCGUUUAUUCAACUAAUUUAGAUGCAGAAAUGCAGAAACGAAUCGUUGCAAUAUUAGAAGCUAACUGGAACGAAAGCAGUGUUGAUUCUAGCCUAUUCGACAUAACUGUUCAUUGUGAUCGUGAAUUUGGUCCAUGUUGGAGAGCUCGUAUGGUGGAGGGUACAGAUCCUGUUGACGAGGCAAUCAAUACAAAACACAUGGUAUUCAGCUGUGACGAAGGAACAACAAAAGGUUGCAUAUGGUUGGAGAAGGAAACUAAAAAUCGUCCAGGAGGAUGUUGCUGUUGUUAAUUUGUCUCGUUGUGAAGAUCAACGAAAUAUGUCAGGUUGACGGAAUUUACGUGUUUUAAAUAAUCACGUUAAAGCAACUUUUGUAUUCUUGAUGCAAAUUUUUACUGUAAUAAAAGUUUAACUCAAAACCAUUUUUAUCAACACAACUUUUAACAUUUAAGUCUGAUAAUAUAAUGUAAGGUACAAAAAGUUGUUCACUAUAUUCUAAUAAUCAGCCGUGUCAAGC